UACUGACACACACACACAGAUAGCAGAACCUACUAGACAAAGUCAGGAAGUGACAUCACCUACAGGAAGAGAAGGCAAAUAUCUUUUUUCUCUUUUAGUGUGUUGUCUGUUUUCCUGAGGGAAGUUGGAGCCCCUUAAGACCGUUAGCAACUAGCAGAGAGAAAAUUCAGAGGACCUAGAGGGGGCAGAGUCACUGAAGCAGGCUUUCACAGGGAGUUUAGAAUCAAAGGAUCCAGACACUCGAAUCCUCCCUGAACUUCCCACAACUCUCCACCACAUUCCAAAUACUCCGCUGCAGGAUUUCGGCCAGUGUCAUUGUGCCAAAUGAAAACAAGAGCUCCUUGCAGUCUUUACACGACAGACGCUAACCACCUGUGACCUCCACCUGUGACCAUUCCAAGAGCCGAAAUCAGACUGGUUCCCCUCUCCCAGGAAGGCUACACGUUCUCAUACUCCAACCUAAUUAUUUUUCACCGUUGCGCACUCUCCCCUUAUCUCAGGGGAAAUAACUGAGUCAAUGGCAUUGUGUCUUGGUCAAGUGUUUAGCAAAGACAAAACAUUUAGGCCAAAGAAGCGCUUUGAGCCCGGUACGCAGCGGUUUGAACUGUACAAGAAGGCCCAGGCUUCGCUCAAAUCUGGCUUGGACCUGAGGAAAGUAGUUCAGCUCCCAGAAGGCGAGAACCUCAAUGACUGGAUUGCUGUUCACGUGGUGGAUUUCUUUAACAGAAUUAACCUAAUCUAUGGCACAGUGAGCGAGUACUGCAGCGAGCGCACGUGCCCUAUCAUGUCUGGGGGACUGAGAUAUGAGUACAGAUGGCAGGACGGUAAAGACUACAAGAGACCCACCAAGCUGCCUGCUCUCAAGUACAUGAAUCUGCUGAUGGACUGGAUAGAGUCACUGAUCAAUAAUGAGGAAAUCUUCCCCACAAGAGUAGGAGUACCUUUCCCCAAGAACUUCCAGCAGGUGUGCAAGAAGAUCCUGAGCCGUCUCUUCCGGGUGUUUGUGCACGUUUACAUCCAUCACUUUGACAGCAUCUGCAGUAUGGGUGCAGAGGCCCACAUCAAUACCUGCUACAAACACUAUUAUUAUUUCAUCUCAGAGUUCAACCUCAUUGAUCACUCUGAGCUGGAGCCUCUGAAAGAGAUGACAGAGAAGAUAUGCAAUUAGACAAAGCCACAUGGACAAAGGAGUUUACAUUAUGACGUUAUCUGAGCCCCUUGAGAAAACUUCCGCAUCAAAACACUCCAGACAGAGAACUGCUUUGUGUACACUUGUAUGAGUGGUUUCCAAGCAUAUGACAUGGCCCAUAAACUCAGUAGACUUCUGCAGAUGGUGGCAAAGUUCCUUUACAGAACUUUUCACUUCACAUUCAUUAUGGUGCUGUGAGUUUCCUCAUUAUUCUGUAUUGUUUUAUACACUGCAUCUCCUGUACUCUGUCUUUCCUCUUGUGCAUGUAUAUGUUUUAUCUUCGUGUAAGUUUUGAUGCAUUGUUUGUUUUCUCGUUGACCAGAGUUUGUAUUUUGUACGAUGUGUUUUCACUGUUUAAAAUCUGAUUUAAGGGCA